CAGAAACUUCCAGAUCUGAAGAGAGCAACACCGGAUCUGAACUUCAAGCAAAAGCUCAUUCACUACGACACUACGGCAGAAAAACGAAGGGGAAAGAGAAGAGAUUGAGAGAAACACAUAGACACACAAGAGGACGAAAGGCAGAUCCGGCGACCGCACAAGGCGGCGGCCGCCGGAAAAGAAACAGAGAUUAGGGUUUUCUCUUGGGCUAGUGCCCGAACAGGACCACAAUCAAGAAUUCAAUGAAUCUUAUUCAACUUCCAGUCGGUGAUUCUCUCCUAUAAAAAGAUGGAUCAGGUCGAAGAUCUUAGCUGCCGUUGUUCAGUAUGAAGCGGGCUUUGUCGAAAAGCUAUGGCAAAGAUUUUUUGACAGGAGAUGGAGUUGAGAUGAGGAUGAGAGUUCAGGCAGCGCUGAAACUGGAAAAAGCUAUUCCCUUUAGUCAUGAGAUGGGAAUCAUUCAACUCAAGUUGCGUGAUCAAACUAGAUACGACAGAUUGUUACAGUCACACGGCCGAUUAUUAAAUAUCCCGUCGAGGGAACUUUUGAUCCUUUCGUUGUUGGUUUGGUGUUCGUUGUGCUUAGUUGUGCUUUUUGCAAUGGCUGCCCUCAAACCAAUUCAGUUGACUUACUUUGAUCCAAGGAGCUCAGUAACAACGACACCAAUCUCAUGUUCUGACCAAAGAUGCAGCUGGGGUGUUCAGUCCUCUAAUUCAGGCUGUUCUGCUCAGAACAACAUUUGCGCUUACACGUUUCAGUAUGGGGGUGGAAGUUGCACCUCAGGGUUAUUCGUCUCUGAUGUCUUGCAGUUCGACAUACGUUUGAUUACUAUGACUCUUGGCCAGACAUGCUGUCUCAUUUUUUAUCAAGUGCUCUGCUUCUCAGUGUUUUCUUCUUGCAUCGCUUGAACAGUGAUGAGUCCAAGGCUCAAGCUUUUUACUAAUGUCACUUUCCCACCUGGCUCAAAGAAUGUUUUUAAUAUACAUGUGGUCUAUGGGUGUAGAUUUAUGAACUAUGGAACACUUCUGAUUCCAAAUUGUUUCAAAGGAACACGUUUGAGACCUUUUGUGUAUCUCUAUCAUCUAUAGAUUUCCGCUACAAAGAAAAAAUAAACA